AUGACGACUCUUCAACCUUUUGAAGCUACAGAUCUUUUCAAGCUCAAUAAUGUUAAUCUAGAUACAUUAACUGAGAAUUUCCCAUUAGAAUUUUAUUUUGAAUAUUUAAUACUUUGGCCAGAAUUGUUUUUCAAGAGUGUUGAAACAACACUUACAGGUGUUUCACAUGAUGAUAUAUCAGGCUACAUGAUGGGUAAAACGGAGGGGAAGGCAAAUGAAUGGCAUACACAUAUCACUGCUGUAACUGUGGCACCUGAAUUCCGUAGGAUUUCAUUGGCUUCCAAAUUAUGUAAUACAUUAGAUGCAAUGACUGAUUCUCCACCUCAUGAAGUCAAUUUUAUUGAUUUGUUUGUGAAAUGUAAUAAUGUUUUGGCAAUUAAUUUGUACGAGAAAUUAGGUUAUAGUGUUUAUCGACGAGUCGUUGGAUAUUAUAAUACACCGGAGGAUGGAUAUCCUGAAACGUUAAAGAAGAUAGAUGACGAUAAGGAUGCGUAUGAUAUGAGGAAAAGUAUGGGAAGAGACAAAGGUAAGAGUGUGCGCGAUGAUGGACGAAAUCAUAAAUGCUAUCCGCAUGACGUGCGAUUCUAG